AUGAAAAUCAAACGUCAGGGCACUAAAAGUCGUCCGCCGCCACCACCACCUCCUCCCUCACAGGUUUUCGAGGAACAGGAGGACAUCAGCGAUGUCGGUGCACCGCAACGGACACGACCCGGUCGACCGCAACGCCCGCAACAGCCGCAAGAAGACGAAGGCGACUUCAACGCGGCCGACGGUGAAGCUGUUCCCGAACCGCCCAUCUAUGGUGGCGUAAUGGGAACGCCGGGCGUCGACUUUCCCGGUUAUAGUCAAAUACCGAAAACAGGUUUCACCUGUCAGGGAGUGCCGUUCGAACCGGGAAUGUAUGCCGAUAUGGAGACCCAAUGUCAGGCCUAUCAUCUGUGUUUUCAGGGCCGCAAAGAGAGCUUCCUGUGCGGUAUCGGCACUGUCUUCAAUCAGGCCAUACUUGGCUGCGAUUACUGGCAUGCAGUGGACUGUUCGACAACACCCAACUUCUAUGGUAUUAAUGAAGAACUAGGCAAAGCUGGCGCUGGUGCCGAACCUGGUCCAGGAGGUGCAGCUCCGGCAGCUCGACCUGAUAGUGGAGCUGUAGCCGCGAGACCCGCAUUCAGACCAGCACCGUCUCCCGGUCCAUUGCCUGGUCCCUCAGCACCGGUUAUACCAGCACCCGGUCAAGCUGUAAAACCAUUGCAACCAUCACGCAUACCAUCAUCACAACCCGUUCAGACUACCGAUGAUGAAGAUGAGGAUAUCGAUUACCAGACACCACAAUUGCCACAAUCUCCAGCACCUGCACCCGGUCCACGACCAGUAAUUCCACAGCCGCCACCACCUCAAAGACAACCAUCACUGCCACCAAUACCGCCGCGCCAAACACCCCGUCAGCCACCUUCUCGCCCAAUAGAACCACCCCGUUAUCAACCGCCACAACCGACCAAAGUUCAACCGCCUCGACAGCCGCCUCGCCAACCAUCUCGACAACAGCCACAACCCGUUUUCAGACCACUGCCGGCGCCAGUUGUACCGCAACCCCCGCGAAAGAUACCCUCAAAGGCUCCGCAACCAAUCCAGCGCCCUAUCGCUCCGCGUCCACAACCAGUGCAACGGCCACUGCCGCCAGCACCAGUUCCCCGACCUGUGCCACAGCCACGACCGGCACCCGGUCCCCGUCCAAUAGUUAGUCGUCCCAUAGCUCAGCCGAGACCUAUUUCCAAGACAUCACAGCCGCGUCCAUUGGCACCGAGACCAAUUGCACCGAGACCGAUAACACCGGUGUUGUCGCCUCCCGAACCUCAACGACCAAUUGUUCAGACCCGCGAUGAAGAACCGGUAGAUGAUGGCGAACAAUCAUCAUUUGAUUAUAAUUAAAAGCCAUACAACAAAUUGUUGCCUUUCUCUCUCUCUCUCUCUCUCUCUCUC